UGUCAAAUGUGAGCAAUCACAUUUUUUCACCAGAGAUUUGGGCAUUUCUUUUAUGCCGCAUGUAAGUUUUGCCAUCAAUGCAACGUCAGCCAAAACAUGCAGCAAGUUGAAGCGGCACAUGGACAACAACAACAAUUUGAAAGCAGAGCUCCACGCGGUAUUUUCUAUAAUGGCACCUGGUACAAUACGCAAGCGUACAAUAUGCAGCUACCAAGUUGUGUGCUGCCCGAGACGUGGCAGUGGCAACAACAACAACAACAACAACAGUAUGCGCAUGCCACUUUGCAACCAGGGCUGCAUUUGCAACAGGGACUGCAACUAGUUGUGGCUGAAGUAACGCCUCAAUUGCCAUUGCAGUCAUCACGUUCUCAUUAUCAAAUAUGCACCUGUCAGAGGGGGCAGCCGUUGUCCAUGUUGCACGGUCUACACUUUGUGCAGCCGCAUCAAUGCAACAACUAUGAGGCUGUGAUCAAGCAACAGCAACAGCAACAGCAUCUGCAGCAGUUAACAGCGCAACACAUACAAACUCCUUUAAUGCCGCAAUUCUCGCAGCAGUUCCACCAACAGUUGGAGCAACAGCAGCAGCCACAACAUUUUAUACAGCAGCAAUUGGAGUUGACGCAUUUAAAUCAGCAGCCGCAAUGUUUCUACUCAACUCAAGUGCAAGGUACAGACUCGCCUCAGCAGGAGAUACAACAAGAACUAACUCAACAAGAGUUGCAACUGCAGCAGCAGCAGCAACAUUUCAUACAGCAGCAACAUUCAAAUCAGCAGCAGCACUUCCAGCAGCAGCUACCUCAACAGCAGUUGCAUCUUGAGCUGCAGCAGCAGCAACAUUUCAUACAGUGGCAACAGAAUUCUAAUCAAUGUUGCUACUCAACUCAAGUGGAAGUCGCACAGUUUGCGCAGAGGGAGAUGCAACAACAACUACCUCAACAGCAGUUGGAGUCUCAGGAGUUGCAGCAGCAUCAACAGCAUACAAAUCAGCAAGAGCAGCAGCAAUGUUGCUACUCAACUCAAUUUCAGCAGCAGCAGCAGCUUCAACAGCAGUUGGAGCAUCAAACUCAAUCACAACAACGACUGCAGCAAGCUCAACCACAGCAGCAGCAAUUAGAGUCUCAGCAGUUGGAACAGCAUCAACAGGAUUCAAAUGAGCAGCAGCAGUUGGAACAAUGUUGCUACUCAACUCAAGUAGAGUCCCCGCAGAAGGAGAUGCAACAAGAACUACCUCAACAGCAAUUGGAGUCUCAGGAGUUGCAACAGCAUCAACAGGAUUCAAAUGAGCAACCACAGCAAAAGGAUUUGGAGCAAUAUUGCUACUUAACUCAAGUGCAAGACACACAGUCUCCACAGCAGCAAAAGUUGGAACAGCAAUCUCCACCUGAACAACAGUUCCAGCAGCAGCCACAUUUCGUACAGGAGCAAUUAGAGUCUGAGCAGUUGCAACAGCAUCAACAGCAGCAAUGUUGCUACUCAACUCAACUGGAGCAGCAGCUUCAACAGCAGUUGGAGCAUCAAACUCAAUCACAACAACAGCUGCAGCAAGCUCAACCACAGCAGCAGCAAUUAGAGUCUGAGCAGUUGGAACAGCAUCAACAGCAGCAAUGUUGCCACUCAACUCAACUGCUGCAAUCUCAUCCACAGCAGCAACAGCAACCACUGAUCUGUCAGCAGCAUUAUCUACCAGACCAAACCAAUAACUAUCGUCCACAAUCAUCGUCAACGACACCAACAUCGUUUCCGUCAUCGUCAUCGCCAUCGCCAUCGAGCAUUUCAACGCCGCAGCCUGUCAACGAUCCUCAAAUUAUCCAAGUCGAUAUGUCAUCCGUGAGCAAGGUUCACAUAACUCGUUCAUUCGCCAGGCUGGUGAUUUCCAUCUACAGACAGACUGAAUUCGAUGAUGAGUCGCCCAAUCGCGUGAUCAUCAAUGGGCAAGUGCUCAUCAGCGACAGCUCAGACAGCUCCAAUGGACAAUCGAUGAGCCAAUUGCAUGUCAAUUCAGCAACUCAAACGCCAACUAAGGAGGAGACACAAACCGAGACUCCGAUGAGCACAGAUGCCAGCGAUGAAGUCGACAGCUCAACAGCCGAUCUGGAGGAGCUUCUUCAAUAUACAACUGCAGCUGUAGCGACAGUGAAUCAAAAUCAAUCAAAGUCCAGUGCACAAACCGAACCGGAGCAAUUUCGUGCUCCGCGUCGUGUUGCCAAACAGCAGCCGAUGCUGCAGCACAAUCCUCUCAAGAAAGCACCCAAAUGGACAAAACCAGCUAUAAGAAUCUCAAGAGAGUUGCUGAAUUCGUCAGGAUCGAAUGAAACAUUGCCUAAUCGAAUUCAGCAAGAGAACGAGCAAAUGCCGCAUGAAAAUUCGGAAGGUAUUCUGGAAAAGUUCGAGUUGGUAAAUUCAGAAACCAUUCUGAAAGAGUCAUCGACAAAUUUGCAGAAGGUCGAGCAAAAGCAAAUGCAGCAGGAAGAGUCUGGAAAAGUUCUGCAAAAGAUCGAACAAGUGCAAAUGCCACAGAAAAGAUCGGAAACAAUUCAGCAAAAGAUCGAGCAAAUUCCACUGCCGAAGAAAGAGUCAACGACAAAUUUGCAUAAGAUUAAAGAAAAGGAAAUGCUACAGGAAAAGAUCGAGAAAAUGCCACAGAAAAGUUUGGAAACAAAUCUGCAAAAGAUCGAACAAAUACCAAUACAGCAGAAGGAUUCUGAAAGAAUUCUGCAAAAGAUCGAUGAAGUGGGAGUGCCACAGAAAGAGCCAAGGACAAAUCUAAAUAACAUCAAAGAAAAGCAAAUGACACAGAAGAAGCCGGAAACAAUUCUGCAAAAGAUCGAACAAAUGCCAUUGCCACAGAAUGAGUCAACGACAAAUGUGCAAAAGAUCGAACAAAUACUGAAGGAAAAAUCUGGAAGAAUUCUUCAAAAGAUCGAUCAAAUGCCACAGGAAAAGCCGACAACAGUCAAAGUUCAAACAAUUCCAGUUACCGCAAAGCUGCAAGAUUGUGACUCUAACAAUUCAAACAAUUUGUUUAAGCAAACAACACUUGGAAUGGCAUCACAGCAACCACAACUUGCUUUGGAAAUUUGCAACCAUUUGGGGCAACAAGAUCGAGAUCUAGAGGAGGAGUGGCCAGACUUGAGUGUUCAGCAAACAACGCCAUCGGUACGAAUACGCAAACCACAGCCUUCGCCUUCGCCUCAACCGGUUGUCAACCAAAAAUGCAAUGGGAUGCGCAGUCCGCCUUCAUUCCCCGAAGAUUAUCCCAUCGGUGAACCCAAAUUGCCGCAAUCGAUAUACAAGCAAAUGUAUAAAAGGAAAUCGAGUCAAUCAAAAACCAUUGAGCAAUCAACAUCCAUGAUGACGACCAAGCAAGAGACACCGCUACGAUCGCAGUCUGUGGACAAUGUUAACCGAUCAUGGAAUACAAAAACUUAUCAACGGAUCAAUCAUAAUUCCGACGAGUGUCCACAGUUAAACGGCAUUCGCCAGAUUCUUUCACCAACAAGAAGAAAUCAAUCAGCACAGAGUUAUCAAUCGUUAGUCAAUCAACAGAAAAAUUUAACAAGAUAUCAACAAGGCGCUACUAAAUCUAUAACAAUUAAACCAACAAUGAAUACUCUAUCCAAAGCUCAAUCAAUAACAGUUCAUCAAUCAGAUGUCAAUCAAGCAGCAGCUCGAAAUGAUCAAGUUGUUAACCAAUCAAAGUCCUCAAGCAAUCAAGUAUCAAUUCAGUCAAUUAGUAGUUGUGUGAAGGCUGGAAACCAAAAACAAAAAUCAACACCCAAGGCUAUGUCGAAAGUAAAGUCGGAACAACAACCAAACAUCAAUCAAACAGUAAACCUAAAAUCGCAAUCUGCACCAAGAUUUGGCUUGAAUGAAUCGAAGACAUCUAAGUCAAUAACUGAUCUACCCAAGAAGAAGUCAAAUGGAGCUUUUGAGUCAAACGCCAAUCAAGCAACGGACGCCAAAGAAAGUGAAGUGCAUCAAUCGAUCAAUCUAUCAGCUGACAAUGAAAAGCCAGUAAAAACUUUUGAAUGCUCCGAAUCUGAAAACCAAUCUGAGGUAUCUUUAAAUGCGGAUCAAGUUGUUAACCAACCAAAGUCCUCAAGCAAUCAAGCAUCAAUUCAGUCAACUAGUACUUGUGUGAAGGCUGGAAACCAAAAACAAAAAUCAACACCCAAGGCUAUGUCGAAAGUAAAGUCGGAACAACAACCAAACAUCAAUCAAACAGUAAACCUAAAAUCGCAAUCUGCACCAAGAUUUGGCUUGAAUGAAUCGAAGACAUCUAAGUCAAUAACUGAUCUACCCAAGAAGAAGUCAAAUGGAGCUUUUGAGUCAAACGCCAAUCAAGCAACCGACGCCAAAGAAAGUGAAGUGCAUCAAUCGAUCAAUCUAUCAGCUGACAAUGAAAAGCCAGUAAAAACUUUUGCAUGCUCCGAAUCUGAAAACCAAUCUGAGGUAUCUUUAAAUCCGGAGAUGGAUAACGACACAAAGCCUUCAACGUCUCAGAAUGCAGAAGCACUUGGGAUUAGAAAGACAAAUAAUAAUAGAAAACAAAAGACACGGAUGAGCAAAUUCGAACGCAAGGCGCUGCGUCGUGAAUUGCAGAAUGUGCAACUGGCUGCCCGAAAGUCCGAGGAGAACUCUCAGUCCACGGAAGAAGUGCUCCAACCAGUGGAAGUGCAGCAUGAUGUGGAGGAAGUUAAAAGGAAUCAGCAGUCCACCGAAGUAGAUCAACAUUUGAAGGAUAUUCCUCAGCCUAUGGAAUGGGAAAGUUCAGAUGAAGUCAAACCCAAGGAGGAGCCGAAAGAAACUGAACCGAGUGACGAGGAUCCAGAGCUUAAUAAUCCGUUGCUUAGCGGCAUUAGCUGUAAGAUAAUGCGCGGCCACAUCCUGAGAAUAGCCAAAAAGAUCAAUAGUCUUUAAAGGAAAUAUCGGGGUAUUCAAUUGUAACGAACAUUUAAAGCGGGGAAAGGGGAUAACAAGCAACCAAUGUGAUAACUUAAUGUGAAUCGGCAGCUUAAAGCAAACGAUGUUUUUUUUUUUGUUAUAUGUUAAUAUGCCAUAUUUACAAAAAGUUAACUUGCCUAUCUCAAUAAAAAUAGAUCUCAGAUUUACA